AUGAAGUUUUCUCAUAUUAUGGCCACCUCGGCCGCUAUCUCAGCUGUCGCUGCUGCUCCCCAUGCUGAAUUCCAUCACGCUCACCACCUCCAUAAGCGUGCUGUAAAGGUCGAGUACGUCUACGUAACCGUCGUCGUCGACGCCAACGGAAACACAAUCACUGAAACCGCUACUGGAGAAGUCGACGCUCAGAGCCCUGCAGUGGCUGCUACUACAUCUGCUGCCCAAGACGUGGCUGCUGUUGCUACCAAUGUUGCUCCUACCACCUCUUCUGUUUCCGCUGUUGCCGCCGCUUCUAAUGAUAACGUUGUCAUCAAGUACGUCGACGCUAACGGAGUUGAGGUCUCCUCUUCUGUUACUUCUCAAGUUGCUACCCCUUCAGCCGUCGUUGCAGUCUCCUCCUCCUCCUCCUCCUCCUCUUCUCCCGUUGUUGUCGCAGCCUCUUCUUCCGUUGUUGCCGCUUCUUCUUCGGUCGUUGUUGUUGAAUCUUCAGCUGCUCCCACUUCUUCUUCAGUCGUUGUUGAAUCCUCAGCUGCUCCCACUUCUUCAGCCAUCACCACUCCUUCCUCCUCUACUCUCGCCUACUCUCUUUCUUCAGCUGAGUCUGUUUCUUCUUCCUCAUCUUCCGCUCCUGCUUCUUCUUCUUCCUCUUCUUCCUCAUCCUCUUCCUCUUCUUCCGGCUCUACUUCCACUGGAGGUAGUCUCGCUGCUUUUGCUUCCAUCGACACCACCUUCCAAGAUGGCGUUUACGACUGCUCCACCUUUCCCUCUGAUCAACCCGGUGUCAUUGCUCUCGACUACCUUGGCUUUGGCGGCUGGUCCGGCCUCUACAACUCCGACACUUCCACCGGCGGUUCUUGCACCGAGGGCUCUUACUGCUCUUAUGCCUGCGAGUCGGGUAUGUCCAAGACCCAGUGGCCCUCUGACCAACCCAGCAAUGGUGUUUCUGUCGGUGGUCUUCUUUGCAAGAAUGGUAAGCUUUACCGCUCAAACACUGAUUACGAUACUCUCUGCACUUGGGGUAUUGACUCUGCCCGCGUUGUUUCCGAGCUUUCCAGCGUUGUUUCCAUUUGCAGAACCGAUUACCCUGGUACUGAAAACAUGGUCAUCCCCACCAUUGUCAAUGGUGGCUCCACCUCUGUUCUUACUGUUGUUGACCAGGAGUCCUACUAUGUCUGGCAGGGCAAGAAGACUUCUGCUCAGUACUAUGUCAACAAUGCUGGUGUUUCUCAGACUGACGGCUGCAUCUGGGGUACUUCUGGCUCCGGUGUUGGUAACUGGGCUCCCCUUAACUUUGGUGCUGGCUACGACAAUGGCGUGACUUACCUUUCCCUCAUUCCCAAUCCCAAUAACAAUGCGGCUGCCAACUUCAAUGUUAAGAUUGUUGCUGAGGACGGCGCUGUUGUCAAUGGCGAGUGUGUUUAUGAAAAUGGCUCUUACAAUGGUGGAUCUGAUGGAUGCACUGUUGCUGUCACUUCUGGCCGUGCCAACUUUGUUCUCUACAAUUAA